AACAACAACAACAAAAUGUCGCGUGAAAAUUCGCCGCGGCACAGUAUACGGCGGCGCCAUAAUCAAUUUCUACAGCAACAACAACAGCAAAAUCAGCCACAACCACAUAAUUUACAACAAGCAGCAGCAACACAAUCGCAGCCACCCAUAAUGGAGCAUAUGGAACAGCAGCAACAACAGCCACAGCAACCGCUGGGCGCUAGUGGCAAUGUCAGCGGUGGUGGUGCUGCGGGCAGCGCACCCAUAUCCAGCUCUGCCUCGAAUAUUAGCACCGCCAUCGACGAUGGCAAUGGCGAGAAUGCCACACUGCCGCCACUUACCGGCCCUGGGCCGAGCAGACAGCGUUCGUUGCGCGACCGCCUGAAGGACGGCAUCACCGGCAGCUUUUCAUGGCAGUAA